UCUCAGGUUCAUCUAGUGAGAUGCAUGAUGACUGUAGCCUUCUCAAAUCCUGCCUGGCUGAUGCUCGAAAAGGAGGCCAAUAGGAGAUGAUGAAUUAAGGAGUGGUAGACAUAGCUAACUGACUGACACCUCGAGUCUUUUGCUACAUCGGUUUUGAGUUACAGCUCUUCACACUCUUGAGCCACAGUGCAGGCUGGCAUUACAGUUCACGCAAUCCCUGUUGAAAGGGAACUAAGAGACCUUUCUUACAGAAGGCCCUGUUCUGUGAAGUGGCACAAUCCUAUUCUGCAAGAUUGGUCGCAAGUAUAAUUGGCUUCUAGAUUUCCACUGAUGCCACUGAAGCUGUGGAGUCCUAUGGAGUUUAAUGCACUGAGGUACAGAAUAAGUAGCCGUACCCAACACUUACCUUCUGUGCAGCAAACAAGGUAGCUUGCAAAGCAGAAGCCAGCAGACUUACUGACUGGCAGUCAUGUCGGUCAAACUCACAUUCGUCUCUUCUGGUGAUGGGGGUGGUAUCAGCAGGAGUUGUUCUUUCACUGGAUUCAGCACUGUGCAAAGCAGAAAAUUAGCAAAGUCUCUCAGCAGAAGUUCAGUGAGAUCAAGAAUGUCACUGAGAUCCCCCAAGGUUUAUUCUUCCCUGCAGAAGGGGGUAGUCAUCUGGGAUCCAAAACCACUUCAGGUGAAGAAAAUUUUUGAAGCUUUGAAGAAAGGACUUAAUGAGUACUUGGAAGCACAUCAGGCUGAACUGGAUUAUCUCUCUGGUCGACACAAAGAUACGAAGAGGAAUUCCAGAUUGGCCUUCUAUUAUGACCUGGAUAAGCAAAUUCGCUCUGUGGAGAGAUACAUCAGAAAAUUGGAGUUUCACAUCAGCAAGGUAGAAGAGCUGUAUGAAGCUUAUUGUAUCCAGUGCAGGCUACGAGAUGGGGCUGCUAAUAUGAAACAUGCCUUUUCCUUGUCUCCUUCCACUAAAGCCUCCAGAGAGAGCCUAGUGGAGCUUUACAAGAACUUCCAAGGGUGCACAGAGGAUAUGUGCUUUAUAGAAGGGGCAUUGGAAGUCCAUUUGGGAGAGUUUCACUUGAAGAUGAAAGGGUUAGUCGGCUUUGCACGUCUCUGCCCAGGGGACCAAUACGAGGUGUUUGUGCGACUGGGACGCCAAAAAUGGAGGCUGAAAGGCAAGAUUGAGACAGAUGACAGCCAAACAUGGGAUGAAGAAGAAAAAAUCUUUAUACCGAAUCUGCAUGAGAAGUUUGAAAUCAAGGUGACAGAACUGCGAGGACUGGCCACUAUUCUAGUUGGUGUGGUGACAUGUGACAGCAUAAACUUCUUUACAACGAAGCCUCAGGCAAUCAUUGUGGAUAUAACUGAACUGGGCACCAUCAAGCUACAACUGGAGGUCCUCUGGAACCCCUUUGACACGGACAACCUGUUUUUGUCACCUGGAACCACUGCCAAAUUUUCUGUGGGUAGCAGGAAAAGCUCUUUAUACAACUGGACCCCACCGAAUACUCCCAGCUUCAGAGAGAAAUAUUACCUGUCUGUUUUGCAACAAAGACAGAACCGAGGGGAUGUAAAAGAUGAAGCUCAACCUCCCAGCAUACUGAGCUACUUGGCUGCCUGUGAUUUUGGUGUGCAUUCAAGAAGCAAACCUCACAGCGCUGCAGAGACAAGUGAGGCGGACUCAUUCAGCUCUGAGGAUCAGAAAGGGACAGAAUCCAGAAUUACACCUCCAGCUCUAAGCCAGAGGACCUUGCCAUUGGUCCUUGCCAUUCAGGAGCCUGGUGCAGAAGAACGACAAUGUCCUCUUCCAAAUCACACAACUUUAGAUAUCCUGAAGAAGACUCCAUGUGUGGAUGCAUUUCCAAAUACCCCACCUAGUUUUCUGAUUCGUGGCAAAGGCAGUAGAGAUUCUAUCAGCCAGACCAGAAAUCACCGUAUGACAGAGCAAGAAAACAUCAGCCAGAAAAGCUUGAACGCUGAAAAUGACUUAAAACUAGAGAGAUGUGCAAAGUCAAUUGAUAAGAUUCUCCAAGAAGUAUUAAAUUUGCUGAAAUUGCAUAAUAUGAGACAAGCCCAACUGGAGAAACUGGAAUACCAGGUUUCAUCUCUGAGGGAUAAAUUAAAGCUAAAGACACUUCCUCCCAAACAUUCAUCUAUGGAAAGUUUAAUGGUGGAGACAGUGAUGGAAAGUUUUGACUUUUUGAAUACUGACUGCAGUGCUGAUGAGCUUUCAUUAUUUGGAAGCAUAAGAACAGCCAGUAUCAGCACAUACAAUGACAACACGUUGCCGUCCCUGAGCUGUGACAUGAAAACAGAAACAAGAGAUGUAACUACUGGUGAUGACAGCUUAGACACGCUUUUGAUAACUCAUCUGAAGCUGUGCAAAUCCCUUUUGCAGAAACUGAGGUCACCAAACAUAGCCCAGAUUGUCCAGGAGAGCCUUUUGGAAGAAGUAUUACAGCAGACACAAGUCCUGGCGGAUGUCUUGGAUGUGUCUGCUGAAGAGAUUAUUCAGAAAAGUAAAAAGAAGAAGCAUUGUCUGAAAAUCUGGAGUGACAUUGCAGAGCCUGGCAGCAUCUUGUUUGCUUCAGUACAAAAGUUCCGUCAUGCACUGAAGUACAUACUGACGCUUAAAGUGAAGGAAAAAUACCCUGGUCAAUUAGAAGCAGUAUUGCAGAGAUUGCUAGAGCAGAUUGUCACCUGUGAUGGGUUGCUCCGCUCUCCAUACCUCCAAACAGAACCAGUUACUUUAUUCCAAUUUUGUAGCUACCUGGAGAAGCGCCGUAUUACCAGCCUGGAGAAACACUUGGGAAAACUUGCUAAAGAAGUAAUGCUAAUUGAGGAGCUACAGUGCCCGGGACGGCUGAAGACCCUUAAGAAACUGAAAGGAAAGCGACUGAACAAGCUCCAACCUCUACCACAGACUUUACGGCUACUUGGGAUUCUACAGCUAGACGACAACCACCGCGUCAGCAAAGCAGCCACUUCAUGCCUCUCUCGUGCAGCAGCAAACAAGAACUUUAGGGAAAAGGCUCUGCAUUUUUACACUGAUGUUCUAGCUGACUGUGAUGCAAGACUUCAGCAAGCUGCGUGUUUGGCCCUCAAAAACCUCAGAGGUGUAGAAAGUAUUGAGGAGGUUGCCCAUCUGUGCCAAUCUGAAACAGAGGAAGUUCGAAAUGCAGCCAGGGAAGCAACACUGUCCUUCGGUGAAAAGGGACGGCAAGCCUUUGAGAAAAUGGACAGGAUUUGCUGUGAAUUAAGAGACACUGUACAUCAAGAGGCUGAAAUUGAAAUCACAGUAUUUUAGUAGUGGAAUAUGAGCAGCUAAAUCGCAUUGUCUACAAAGCCAGAUGUGGGUACCAGAAGAUUUUCAUUUGUUGUUUGUGUCUGUUUUAGUUGCACUCCACUGUAUACACAUGCUAUAGUGACAGAAUACAGGUUUCCAAAGUGGGGUAGUUUGGAACCUAGACUAAGUAGACCGGAAUCUCCAUCUUUUUCACUCCCAGCACUGGUGAAAUCUCAAGUAAAAAACAGGAAGAGUAAAAAACAGGAUCUCUGAGAAGACAGAACCAGGCUGUCACUUGAGUUAAAUCCCCAUCUCAUUGGAAAUGUCUUCUACUGCACAAACUGUAAGUCAAAUCUGGUAAAUUUUUCUGUAAGGAUUUCAUUAAUUUGACAUUUCUCAAAGAGGAACAAAAUGACGACUCUCCAACUUCUGGAGCACAACAGGUCAUCUAGAAACUUGCCUAGUGAAAUGAAAUGCUGGAUGCUUGCCACUCCUAGAUGCCGUAAUGCAGCAUAAAUUGAAAGAAAUCAGAAAUAAAAUUACAUCUGAAGCUGAGUAAUGGCUAGAAUACUGAGCUGGUAUUAACAAGAUUUUUUUUUUUUUUUUACGUUUACCCCCAAACAAAUGCUUCUAAGUUUUCAAAUUGCUACUUAAAAAAAAUGAACACUGACUUCAGUUAGUGUAAAAAUCUUAGACUGCUUUGGUUCCAGAAAUAGUUCAUUCUAUAGAGUGAGUGGACUGAAAAUUUGCUCCUUGGAGGGAUUGUGGUGGUCAAAUGACCAAACCUUUUCUGUAGCAUUUCUAGCAGUUCCAUGCUGGGAUGCAGUCAGUUCUUCUUGCUGCAAAACUUGCAGACAACACAGCUUAUCUAUAUCAGCUGCCACAUACAUUAGAAUCUAGCAGUGUUGUUGGGGUGGGAGGGGAAGUGGUGACAGCCUACCAUUUCUUGUACAGUUUAGUUUCAGAAGGAAAGUUUGUUACUUCAAAAGCUCAUUUUUUUGGUAAUCAUUGCAGCUUGGGACAACUUCAAGCAAGGAUUGAUUACAGCAAAUAUAGAGUCGAUAUCCUCAGCAGUUUACAACAGGAAGUUGUGUAUGUUUCCUUAGCUACAACUGCCAUGUACAGAUCUGACUGACAUAUGGACAGACCUGGAUAAGUUUAAAAAAAAUGUACAUUUUAUUCAUUUAGUCAUCGGUCAGGAUUUCUCAAAGUCAUGUACCUAUUGUAAGGCUCCUUACACAACACUUAUUUUUCCUGUAGUGGAGAGUAGCCACAAAGAGAAGUCUGACUUCAGGUAAAAUACUUGAAAGGGUUUGACUUGUAUGUAUAUAUUAUAUAAAAAUAGUACUUUUCUAUUCAGUAUUUAUUUGUUGGAUUUCAUACUGUUUUCUAUAACUCUAAUAAAAGA